UUACGUCUAUAUAUUCAUUUGGGAGUCAAUUUUUUCAAUCAUUUACUUCUGAUUACAUACGAAUAACGCGUGUGAUAUUGUCCUUCAAAAAAACCGCCAUGAAAUUGUUCUUCGUUCUGAGUUUCAUGUUUUUAGUUUGGAUUCCCGGCUUGAGGGCGGGCGUAGAACAAUCGAUGAGUAGACGAAUUUACAUUCCAAAUGUUCCGAUACACAGCAGUGAUCUCGAAAAAUUUGGAAAAGAGAUUGACCCGAUCAAAUGGAUGAAAUAUUGCACCGGUAAAACGUUUUUAUCGAAUUAUGUUCCCAGUUCCGUGAGUAAAUUGGUACGGAAAACCAUAAGCUGGAUUCCUUUGAUUGGCCGAACUGAAAACAUCACUUCGGCGUACAUUGAUGUCAACGAGAAAAUGAUGGAAUUUGAACGACUUUACAACGAUGAUCCAAAAGACGGUUACAGAGAGGGAAAAUACAAAAGUGCCAAAGCAACCAUCUCAUCAAGUGUUGAAAAACUUAAGAAAAUCUACCGAAAAUCGCCUGACGAUAAUGUUCGUGAUGAUGUCGAAAAAAUGUGUGGCGACAUGUUUACGUGUUUAGAAUACUUAGAAGCUGGCGUAUAUCGAAAGGCAUGGUGGAAAAAAGCAUUAAUUGCCACCGCUAUGGGGGGUGCUGCAUACUAUGGAUACAAACUAUUGGCGGAAUAGAUCCAUCAGUCGAUGCUUGCAAUGUUUAACAAGAAGUACAUACAAAAUAUUAAAGUAAUUCAAUGCAAAAUUAUUUAUUUCAUUCAAAGAUUUUCAACAGAUUUCAUAUAUAAUAUUUAUAGUGCUGUAACUGUAGUGUAAUGUAAUGUUUUUUGCCAUAACUGAUUACAAGAAAGAGCAGCACUUACGGGUCGUAAGUUACUUCUGCCUAUAAGAGCUCUGGUUUUUAAAUAAAUCAAAAUUUCUUCCAAAAAUAAA